ACAUAUCAUGGAACGGAGAUUCCCUACCUUUUUGGUUACUCCUUCUUGGACGAUGACUACUGGUCGAGCCUCUUUGACAUGGCGUCUAUACCUAUUCGGGCGCAAGUAAACGAUUACCGAAAUCCCAAGGAUGUUAAAAUGGCCAAACUCUUAAUUUCUCUAUGGAGCAACUUCAUAAAAACUGGCAAUCCUACGCCGGAUACAAGAACUCUGGGCUUCCUGUGGACACCUCUUUCUAAUGAAUCUCGUCCGCAUUUAAAUAUCACCGACGAAAGCAAACUGAUGUACAAUUAUCGCCAAAAGUAUAUGGAAUUGUGGACACCUCAUUGUGCUGUUCUUGAUCAUCCUAAUCCACCUCAUUUCCUGCUAUGA